UCGCCCCCCUCCCAUGAGCGGGCCCCGCCCCAGUUCUGCCCGCUCUUGCCACAGCUCCACGCGCAGCGGCUCCACUCCCUGGGCCAGUCCACGCCAAAGACACUCUCAGUAUCUUUCAAAGAUCCUAUAGCGAUCUUUGGCAUCUUUGGUCUACGCCGGCUGUCGCGGUGUGAGCCGGGAUGAGCAGUGACGUUGCACAAUAACAACAUCAGGCGGCGAGUGGCCGGAGUAGGGAGGAGGGGGGGUUGUUGACGGCCAGUGGUCGAUGGCGGCAUGGAUGUGAGCUCCCUGCCUUAUGGCGUGAUUGUCCAAACCCCAAGCGACGCUGAUAACUUAUUUGAACCGACGGGGGCAGGGUACUAUCCACGUGAGAGGUGUCAUUUCUUACAAAGCUGAGCUCAGAUCUAUGAAUAAAGAAAGUUGUCAUCUUUAAUUGACCAACCCUUCAUUCUGGCAUUGUGGCCCCUUAGUUCGGGAUCGAUCAUUUGGAACUUCAAUGUAACGUGCAACUAGGGAUUUAUUUCAUUUUCUGUGAAAAGGUGAUCAAGAGAAUCGAUGAGGGGAGGGCAGUCAACAAGGAGUUUAACACGGCUUUGACAAGGAUCCACAUGGUAGACUGGUCUGGAAGGACUAAAACUUUAUUUGAAGAGAUCCGAGCAUCUAUUACAAAUAACUCUAAUGAUGAUAGAUCUUUCUGGAGACCUGUUCUUCCAUGGGGUGGAGUGUAUAGCAUUAAAGCUGGGAAAAAAGCAAUGGCCUGCACUCCGUUGUAUGUGAGGAUAACCUUAAAAAACACUUGCACCAUAGAUGGAUUUUUGAUGUUGCUGUAUGUGAUUCUCAGUGAAAAUGAAAAUUUCCGUAGGGAGUUAUCAACUUACUUGGGAAGGGAAUUUGUUGAGCGUUUCCUCUAUUUGAUGGACUCUUACAAAUUUACAACUGUGAAGUUGUUGUGGAUAUGGGAUAAAAUGGAAAAAUGCCAGUACAAGUCCAAAGUCCAUAAGGCCUCAUUAGAAAUUGACCUAUUUGGGAAUGAACAUGAAAACUUUACAAGGAAUCUGGAGAACCUUAUGUCUACCAUACAGGAAACCUUUUGUUCUAAUGGGAGAUGUCCAGCGGGUGUGCAAGAAGAUCAACGCAAAACAAUUAUAAUCUAUCCUUCACAAGAUUCUCUCUUGGGUGAUGUAAUUCAAGCAGCAGUGGAUGAAUUAUUCUGUCCCAGGAUUGAGCUCUGCGAAGAACUUGGAUGUAAUGGUCAACGUGAGUUCACACAGAGGAUUUUUUGUCAUGAUGCUCCACCAUUUGUCAUCCUAAAUAUGCAGCAAUGGAAAUCUGAGGAAUUGGCCUAUGUCCCAUAUAGUUUGGCUGUGGCAGAACGCAGAUACCUACUGGAGGGAGCAACGCUUUUCAACAAGGAGGAGCACCAUUACUCUGCUGCUUUUAUGAUUGAUGGUAACUGGAUGCAUUACGAUGGACUUAGAAAUGAGAACCUGGUAUUAUUAAAUAAACCUCCAGAGCUGCUGCUCUUGUCCUCUCUUGUCUAUGUUCGAGAUCAAGAAUUGAUUAAAGGUGAUUUGUAUGACUCAAAAAUGAAGCGUUGGCUAUACAAGACUACAUAAGUCCGAUUAAUUUUUAACACUAUUGGGGCAAAAGAAUUAAAACAAUCCUGGUAUCCAAGAAAUAUUGGAUUGUAAAGUUCUGAUAUAACCAAAAACAUUUCAAACAAUGUACAAGGCAUUAGUAGUUAACGUAAACUAUGCAAAUAUGUACAAAGAUGUAUUUUGGAUACUAAAUAUUUUUAUACAACUGUAUAAUAGAAUAAAGCUUAUUUCCAUAUUUUCUUUAA